AAAAAAUAAAAAAAUAAAAUAAAAUUAUUAGUUCCGUUAACCGCGAUAUAUGCUCAAACUGCAAGAAAUUCACCGGAAGCUUCAUUUCUGGCGAAAAUCUUCGUUAUGGUUUCUGAUCUACUGGAUUCCAGUGAGGUAUCAAGUGCUUCGGCAAUAUAUUGUGGCGGAAGUCACAUGUUUUCAAGGUUGGGUUUUGCGGCGCUAGGGUUUGGUUUUACAUCAUCUCUCUGUCUGUAUUUGUAAUCGAAGCCUUAGCCAUCAGUAUUUCAAGAUGACAAUCGGGCUUUGAUGCUGACCCCAAGAUGCCCCGGUAAUGCUCAUCUCUUUUCUCUGUUUUCCCUUUUCAGAACCCAAUUUCGUUCUUAUGCUCAUCCUCCAUUAUCGCUCAAAAGGAUUAAAAAACGAUGUAAAUUUGGAAAACUUAAGCUAGAUGAAGCAGUGGGUUACUUCAAUUUCAUGAUUCGGAUGCGACCCUUGCCUUCUAUUCGGGUUUUCAAUCAUUUCUUUGCGGCACUCUCCAAGAUGAAUCAUUUUUCGGCUGUUGUUUCUAUGUACAGAGAUAUGGCGGCUUUGGGUUGUGUUCAAUUCCGACCAAAUCUCUGUACAUUGACCAUUGUGAUAAAAUGUCUAUGCCGUGUUAAGAAUCUGGAUUUGGGUUUUUCUGUUUUGGCGAUUAGCUUUAAACAGGGCCUUAAGCCGGAUGCUUUUACGCUAAAUACCCUGCUUCACGGGCUUUGCAAUGAAGGGCGGCUAGCUGCGGCGAGAGUGUUAUUUUUGGAAAUACUAGAAAAUGAACAACCUUGUAAUGAAUUUACUUAUGGGAUUUUGGUCAAUGCGUUUUGUAAGGCUGGAGAAACCUGUGAGGCACUUGAGCUAGUGAGGAUUAUGUAUGACAAUAAAAGGAUUAAACCCGCUCUAGGAUGCUGCAAUCAAAUCAUCCGUAGUCUUUGCGACGAAGGACGAGUGGACAAGGCCUUGAGCUUGUUUGAAGAUAUGUUCAGCCAUGAUGUUGUACCGGACAUCGUGACUUGUACUUUUCUGAUUCAUGGGUUAUGCAAAUGUGGUCGUUGGGAAGAGGCAAUGGAAUUCUUAGAAAUCAUGGCUGUUCGGGAAAUUUCUCCAAAUAUUGUUGUAUACACCUCUAUAUUGGAUGCGAUGUGUAAGGAGGGGAGAAUUCAAGAGGCACUUGAUCUUUUAAAAGCAAUGAAUGAUAGAGGUCUAAAACCAAACGUCGUAACCUACACUUCUUUAAUUUGUGGAUUUUGUCGUUUGGGUCAAUGGAGGAAAGCCAUCCAUUUGUUAGAUCAAAUGGACAAUGAAGGUGUUCCUGCAAAUGCUAUAACCUUCACCACCAUUGUUGAUGCUCUUUGCAAGCAAAGAAGGAUGAAGGAAGCGCUUGAUGUGUUUCAUCUCAUGAUUCAGAGAGGUGUAACCCCAAAUAUUGUCACUUAUAGUACAUUACUUUAUGGAUUGAGUCAUUUAGGUCUAUGGGAAGAAGUCAGGAGAUUGUUUAAUGAAAUGGGUAGGCUUAACAUAUUGCCUGAUUCUGUAGCUUUAAAUGGAGUUUUGGAUGCUUUUUCUGAAAAGGGUAUGAUGGACAAAGCUGAAAAAUUGCUUGAUGGAAUGAUUCGACACGGUCCCAAGCCUAAUACUGUAACCUACACGACAUUGAUCAAGGGAUAUUGCCUGCUAGGUGACAUGGACAAGGCAAAAAAGGUUUUUGAACAAAUGGGGUCAAUGGGUGUUAAACCUAAUAUUAUUUCCUACAACACCUUGAUCAUUGGUUAUAUAAAGGCCCAUAGAAUUUAUGUUGCUCUCAAGCUUCUUGAGGAUGUGAUCCAAAAGGGGUUGGUUCCUAACAACGUAACACAAGACAUUUCAAAAAGCAUUCAUGCAAGACGGAUUAUCGCAGUGGCAUGAUAAGUCUCCUAUUAUUGCAUUGGUAUGAUAAGUCUCCUAUUAUUGCAUUGGUAUGAUAAGUCUCCCUAAGGUGUGUUCAGGAACUGAUCACAGUGCUAUGAGCUGAUCUGAGGAGACCAGAGUCAAAUAUGAUUGUAGGACUGACAUUGUAUCAAUUGCAGAGCACCAUUACCCCAAAGAAAUGUUGCUGAAACACUCUUACUCAAUUUAUACUUUUAUAGCCAUUCAAUUGUGAACUACUUGUUUACAGAAAGUCGCAAUGAAGCUAACACUCGUGAAACUGUGUAUUCUUUCAACGUGAUUCUAACUCCUAUAUUGGAAUGGAAAACCAUUUUGAUCUAUUUAUUCCAACAGUGGCUUAUGUUGAGAAAGAUCUACCGGAGAUGAUUAUAUUGAAAGCAAAACCUUUAUGUAUAACUGACACACCCAAAUUAUUCUAUGAACUUUCUGUUGAAACUGCAGGGA